UUGACAGCUAAUUUCGCAAAACCAGAUAAUAAGCCGGCAAUCGGUGGCAAUGAUAGGGCCAAACCUAUAGGAGGAGAGCGUGAAUAUUACAUUCCUUCGUAUAAUAGCCCACAACUCAUACCACAGCCGACACAACAACAAAGACAACCACAAGAAUUCAUUUAUCCAAACAAUUUUCGGAAUGCAUAUCAAUAUAAAUACACUAACAAUAGAGUACCAGAUGUUGUGAACCACAGACAAUGGCCGGCGCCGGGCGUCACAAUAGGCCGCAGUCAACAGGCGUUACAACCAAACGAUCGGUACGAUAGUCGCGAUUCCUAUGAAUCAAACAGAGGUCAAGCGGUCGACAAUAGUCUCGCAGAUAAUUAUCGUCAUAACGAUUACGAGACGAAAAGACCGCCAAAAUAUCAUUUAGGACCGAAUGACGACAAACACGACACCAAUAGACAAAAAUCCGCUCUUAAGGCAACACAAUUCAGAGGGAACUCAAGGGUUCGAGACUUUAGCGAAGAACAGGAACGGCUCGCCAGACCCCUCAUGACCGGCAACGAUGAAGAAUACAGAGAUAGUAGUAAUAAUAAUGACAAUAACGACAUUAAAUUGAGUGAUUUGCUGAUCCAACCUGUGAUGAGGCGAAAGUCGGCCGCAAAUACUGAUAAUCAGAUGCACACCUCAGCGUUACAGUCUUCAGAGCACCGGAAUAUUCCCAUCCCAUUAGCCAUUCAACAGAAUGUUGACGAUUCUUCAAACGGAUCCUUAAGUGAUAUCUAUUUUGUCGCAAUAGUCGCCUGUGUCAGCGCCGUUGCCAUCAUCGGGACGAUUGGGGCCGGCAUUUGCGUCUACAAAGUCCAACAAAGUAACAAAGCGGCCGCCGAUGUUGACUAUCCGGCCUAUGGUGUGGUCGGACCCAUCAGUAAAGAGGCCAACGCUAGCGGCGGCGGAAGUCUGUCGCCCAGUGGGGACCGAAAGUUGGCACAGAGUGCACAGAUGUAUCACUACCACCACCAGAAACAACAGAUGAUCGCAUCGGAAAAAGCCGUCACUCCUCGCCGUAACUCCGCUUCGGACGUGGAGUCGGACGAAGAGAACGAAGAGGGAGAGUAUACGGUGUAUGAGUGUCCAGGACUGGCGCCCACCGGCGAAAUGGAGGUCAAGAAUCCUCUGUUUCACGACGACAUCACUCCCGUGUCGUCUUCACCCCAAACCACAAAUACAAAGGAAAAAGAAUGAGAGAUAAAACUAAUCCAUUUAUGGACACAACUUAUUACUGAUUACAAGCAAAACAUAACAUUCCUGUUAAUCACAAUCAAAUAUAACACACUGUAAUCUGAAAUGAAUACUACCCGACAAUACAACCCUUCGAUGUCUAUUAAUUGGAUUUAUGCGACAAAAACUAAUCAUUUUUUGCCCCGAAAUUUAUAUCAAACAAAAAUUGACGACAAAAUAAUAUAGUUUUAUUCAAACAAAAUAAAUGAUUACAAAAUUUUUAUAAAUUGUACAAAAAAUCACUUUUUUGGACAAAAGGACCCACACAUUGGAUAAGACUUAAUGAGUUAAAUAUAAAUAUAUAAAUUAAUUUUAAUUUCGUUCGGUGUUGUAUUCA